AUGGCGCUUUCUCUGCUCAGCAGUCAUGCAAUCGUGCAACACGGCUCUGUGUGGACCGCAUGGAUUCAUUGCGCUGUUCAUCUGCCCACUUUCCGGGACGAGUAUGCGCAAUUUUGCGAGCGUACAGGGGGCUACGAUUUAGCCGAAGAGAAUCCUUCAUGGUUGUCAAUAUACUUUGCCUUUAUCGCGAUUAGUCUGAUGUACAUGAAGCGUGACGAGGUCGCGGCAGCCGGACUUGAAACAGACGAGGUUCCUAGAUUGAUCAGAAACUGGUACGAUGCCUCGAUAUUCUUCUUCCAUAAAGCAGAGUUUCUUCGCAGACACGACAUGCGAUCAAUCCAAGCAAUCGCGAUCCUGUUGGGCCUCAUGAAGAACAUGGGCGACUUUGAUCUCCAGUCAUCACUGCUCGCAGUGGGGAUUGGUAUUGCGCAAUGCCUAGGCAUGGACAAGGAGCCUCCGACCGUCUCCGAAAACCAUAUCCAGCAAGAGCUAAGCCGCAGGGUCUGGUGGACACUGGUCAUUUGCGACUGGCUCCAAAGGCCAGUAAGAGCGGCAUGUAUUCAAGAGGCUGGGUUUCAGGUCAAUCUUCCAAGGCUUGUGACCGACGAUGAGAUGAGUGCGUGGAACUUGACAGCCGUCGAUGAUGCCUACCCUCGCCCGAUUCAAUACCACAUUGCGAUGAUCCGGCUUGCUCAAGAAUACCAUCGCUUUAGGCACAAACUUCCUACUACAGCCGACACUGCAGCUAAGCUAGAGAGUUUUGUCCUCGAAGCAGACGAGUCUCUGGCCAGAAUAAUUGAUGAGCUUCCGCCGCAUCUCACAAUGUCCGGGCAGAUCGGCGAUGACAUACCUUGGGCACACUCGCAAAGGAAGAAUUUGGCAGUUGCGCUUUUGUUCUAUCGGUUGAACAUUAAUCGCGUUCUCCAACACCAAUGGCUGGAUUGCGAUGUUGCGUUUAGGAGAGCAAGAGCAAUCUGUUUGAGCUCGGCGAAGGCCAUAAUAUCGUUGGUGGACGGAGACAGCGAUUCACUUGUACUGUAUCGAUCUUGGGCGACUACAUCCCACAUGUUUUCUGCUGCUAUCACGCUAGCAAUAGAGGUCCAGCACGGAGACGACGAUCAAGCGGCUCGCCACGGUGCAGAUAUAGACAAAUGUCUGGCCUUUUUCGACAGCGUCCAGGAGCAGAACAUGCUUGCAAGACAGGCAGCAACAGUGCUCGAGGAAGUCAUGCUCGACCAAACAGAGACCCACAAUUGA